AUGCAGGGAGAAAAUAACCCAGCUUUAUCUGCCAGUCACAUCAAAUCCACCGUCACCGUCACCGUCACCGUCACCGUCACCGUCGACCUCGUUAGAUUUGACACCGAUUCUGCUGCAAUGCUGAUUGCGGUAUCAUCUGUGCCCUGCACGCUUUUGGUGGCUGGGGCUGGCUAUGCUCAUAUACAGCUUGACGAGAAGGAGGUCGAGGCUCGGACUUCAGGCGUGCAUAACACCCUAUGGUCUGAUAUCCUGUGGGAUAACCUCCUAUGGGGUUGGCCUAUUGCAGAGGAAACCGGAUGCACCCAAACAUUGUGA